CUGUCUUUGGUUGAUAUGAAUUAUUUUUUUAUUAUUAUUUUUAAAUCCAGAGAUAAAUGCGGCAAGUUACCAUUGUCACCCAAACAAAAGGCAAUGUUUGCCAAGUGGGUGCGGCCAGAUGACCUAACAAAUAACCCUACAAUGAUCUAUACUGUGUCAAGUUUCAGCAUAAAGCAGACAAUAGUAUCAGAUUGUUCUUUUGUGGCAUCACUAGCUAUCAGCGCAGCAUACGAGAGACGGUACAACAAAAAGUUGAUUACAAGCAUAAUUUACCCUCAGAAUAAAAAAGGAGAACCAGAGUAUAAUCCAUGUGGAAAGUACAUGGUAAAACUUCAUAUCAAUGGUGUCCCUAGAAAGGUGAUAAUAGAUGACCAGUUACCUAUAGAUCACAGUGGAGAACUCCUCUGCUCUUAUUCCAACAAUAAAAGUGAAUUGUGGGUAUCCCUGAUAGAAAAAGCUUACAUGAAGGUCAUGGGUGGAUAUGAUUUUCCUGGAUCAAAUUCUAACAUUGAUCUCCAUGCACUGACUGGCUGGAUACCAGAGAGGAUUGCUAUGCACUCAGACAAUCAGGCUUUCAAUAAGGACAGUUCUUUCAGAAUGCUCUAUCAGAGAUUUCACAAAGGCGAUGUCCUUAUCACAACAGCAACUGGAGUGAUGUCUGAAGAGGAAGGAGAGAAAUGGGGUUUAGUUCCAACCCAUGCAUAUGCUGUUUUGGAUAUUAGAGAAUAUAAGGGGCUUCGAUUCCUCCAGUUGAAAAAUCCCUGGAGUCACUUACGCUGGAAAGGAAGAUACAGUGAAAAUGAUGUGAAAAAUUGGACCCCAGGGCUACAAAAAUACUUAAACUUUGAUCCUCGAACAGCUCAAAAAAUAGACAAUGGGAUUUUCUGGAUUGCCUGGGAGGAUCUUUGCCAGUAUUACGAUGUUAUUUAUUUGAGCUGGAACCCAAGUCUUUUUAAAGAAUCAACGUGUAUUCACAGUACUUGGGAUGCAAAACAAGGCCCUGUGAAAGAUGCCUACAGCCUGGCUAAUAAUCCACAGUACAAACUGGAAGUACAAUGUCCACAAGGUGGAGCUGCUGUCUGGGUUCUGCUCAGCAGACACAUUACAGACAAGGAUGACUUCGCACGCAAUCGGGAAUUCAUCACAAUGGUUGUAUACAAGACUGAUGGGAAAAAAGUUUACUACCCAACUGAUCCUGCCCCAUAUAUUGAUGGGAUUCGGAUCAACAGUCCCCACUAUCUGACCAAGAUAGCGCUGACAUCGCCAGGGUCCCAUACGUUUACACUGGUGGUAUCCCAGUAUGAGAAACAGAACACGAUCCACUAUACUGUCAGGGUGUAUUCAGUAUGCAAGUUUACUUUUACCAAGAUUCCUACCCCAUACACCAUCUCCAAACGGGUUAAUGGGCAGUGGAAAGGUCAUAGUGCUGGAGGCUGUGGAAACUUCAGAGAUUCCUACAAAAACAACCCCAUUUAUCAAUUUCAGCUGGAGAAGACUGGGCCAUUGCUAAUUGAAUUAAGAGGACCAAGGCAGUACAGUGUGGGGUUUGAACUUGUCACAGUCUCUACAGUAGGAGAUCCUGGUCCCUCUGGUUUUCAGAAGAAGAGCAGUGGUGACUACAGAUGUGGAUUUUGCUACAUGGAGGUGGAGAAUGUACCAGCUGGAGUUUACAAUAUUAUUCCCAGCACCUUCCUGCCUCAGCAAGAGGGUCCUUUCUUCUUGGACUUUAAUAGCACUACCCCUCUUAAGACAUCACAACUGCAAUGAGGGGGCACGUCUCUACAUUACUUUCUAGGGAAGAAGUCAAGAGCUAGAGCAAUACCAUCUCCUGAAAACACUGGGGAAAUAUAUCCCUCAACCAUUGACACAAGAUGCAUAAAACUACCUGGAAAAAGUAAUAGCCCAGGGCUUGGGCCACCAAUCUCACUGCAUGAGCCACUUCAGAGUUUGCUCAUGCUUUUUGCUGUGCAGCCAUUAGGGUGAGAGAACGCUUCAGAAAUUCUGAUUGAUGGUAAAUUUUUGCGUGAAAUGCUUGAAUGUAAAUCUUAUUAAUCAUGUUAACAAAUGGCAGGCAUUAGCUUACUGCAGUUUGGCACCUUAUACCUCAUCAAGUUUUGAAGUCUUUCCUCUCCCCCCAUAGAGGGUAGCUUAGUUCUAACAAUCCUUGCUUAACUUUUACAGUAAACAUUGUAGAGAAAAAG